AUACGCGAUGCGUCAGUUGUCAGUCUCGUCCUCGGUUGAAACGUGCUUUGGUUACUAGUGUCACGUGAGCUUAAGAACGCGCAGUUUGGUGACGGUUACGAGAGCGAUAGUUAAAUAUGAAAAGGUGGGAUCAGAAGGCAGGAUUGUAGUAAUAUUACUACCUGGAAGAAGAAUAAAACCCGGCGACCUCGGGCCGAGAUUAACUUUCGAUUCAUCGAAGGAUCACUCCUCAAGCUCCUUCUUCUUCCUACGAUCUUCUUGUUGCCGACGAUUAUUUUCGACGAUUUAUGAUUGUCUCGUCAAGAUUGUUCACAGAUUAACAUCACUAAGAGGAAAUGGGAUACGGCACAGAAAUGGAUGGCUGUGGUCGUUUCAUGAAAUACUCCUUAUUUUUAACGAACUUUAUCAUUUUCAUUGGAGGGAUUAUUGUGACGGGUUUAGGCGUGUGGGCCUUAAUCGACAAAGUAUCAUGGAUAGGUGAACUCGUGGGAAAUGACCUGUUAACUGGAUCAGUUUAUGUUUUGCUAGUUGGAGGAAUCAUCGUGGCCUUUAUCGCUUUCUUCGGAUGUGUUGGUGCAUCGCGGGAAGUCAAGUGUAUGCUCUUGACAUACUUCAUAAUUGUAUUUUUGCUAUUUGUGACCAUGCUUAUCGGCGGCGUUCUGGGAUAUGUUUUCCGCGAAAAAUUGCUAAGCACAGUUGACAGAGAGAUGACGAGCUCGCUCCGACUUUACGAUCAUCGUAAAUCUAUCCGGGAUGCCUGGGAUGCCACGCAAUCGACGCUCCACUGCUGCGGCGUUAACAGCUGGAGGGACUGGGGAAACAUUGGCCUUAGCGUGCCGGAGAGCUGCUGUCGAGAAAUUCAACCGGGCCAGCGGUUCCACUGCAACGGUGGUCCGGACACAGUAAAUCCCUCGAAUGCUUAUAUGGAUGGUUGCAUCAAUGGAACGCGAAUCUACAUGCAGAAGCACGCGACCGUUAUGGGUGGCGCCGGCAUUGCAGUCGCAUGCCUCAUGUUUUUUGGAAUGAUAUUCUCCUGUGCACUCUUCAAAAUGAUCGAAUGACAGCAGGACAGAGUUGUAGUCUGAGGCUGUCCCCGUUUUUGUAGAGGGACGGAGAGGUCGUGAAUCUUCCUCAGAAGAUUUAUGCAAUUUCUCCAAUUGACGAAAUUACUCAUCGCUACAAGCGCACCUGAUUAUACCGUGAUAAUCAAAAAAGUGAACCUCUAUUUGAUUGUACAGUUCUCUCGCUAAUCUAUUACAUAGCGUUAUACAUGAUUACCAUCUUACUCUUUACAUUUUAGAUGUAAUUUAUAUAUAUUUAAGAUGUUUUCACUUAGUUGCAUGUAUCAUUAGUAUGAUAAUGCAUCAUGUACCUUAUAUAUGUGCCGUAAUAAAUGCAAUCCGUUUAUUAUGUA